GAUUGGGUGAUGACGUGGUGGAGAUCAGUUAGCACGAAGGCUAGCUGGAGGACUCGGUUCUAACUCAGAGGGAUAUAAAUAUAAAUAAAUAUAAAUUAUAUAUAAAAGAUCCACACAGCAUUAAUAUAAGAUGAAAGGGACCGGAAGUGCUCGUGGACCGGAAGGACGUUAAAGCGCUGCUGAAAUGAUGACUGUUAGUUUGUGUGAGUUUUCCAGAAGCUGUGCUGCGUUUCUCCUGAGGGCGUCCAGCGUGUGUCCAGCGUGUGAAGACUCCUCGGUGUUCUAAAGCACCGCCGCCGCUGUGUGAGACGUCAGAGGCAUCGUGGGUUCGUCUUCCUCGUUCGCUUCAUGAUGUUCGCUAAGCUGAAGAAGAAGAUCGCGGAGGAGGCGGCGACGCCCCGCCCUGGUCGCCUGCCUCGCUCCUACAGCAAAGAGUCCAUCACCUCAGUGGGAGCUGAUUCAGGAGACGACUUUGCGUCAGACGGCAGCAGCUCCAGAGAUGACCUCUCCUCUCAGAUCCUGCGCCGGAACGAUCAGAUCCGAAAGCUGGAGGCCAAACUGUCGGACUACGCUGAACAGCUUCGGCUAAUGCAGAAGACCAAGGAGAAGCUCGAGAAUGCAUUAGAGAAGCAUCAGGAUUCAUCUAUGCGGAAGCUGCAGGAGCAGAACGAGAGCUUCCAGGCCAACCGGGCCAAGAUGGCAGAGGGCAUGGCCUUAGCGCUGGAGAAGAAAGAUCAGGAGUGGAUGGAGAAGAUGUCUGCUUUAGAGAAGGACAAGUCGGCAUUAGAAGCUCGCCUGGACCAAAGUCUGAGUUUGUUCCAGAAGAGAGACGAGCAGGACGAGCUCGAAGGCUUCCAAAUGCAGGAGCUGGCUAAAGUCAAGCACAUGCUGUUGCGUAAGGAGGAGCAGCUGAACCUGAGAGAGCGAGAGCUGAAGCUGAGAGGAGAGGAGCUGAACACGGCCCGGGUCACGCUCGCUCAGACUCAGGAUAAACUCUACGAGCUCGGAGAGGAGCACGAGGAGAUGCUCGGCAUCAACGCUCAGCUGCGAGCGCACAGAGACAAGCUGCUGCGCGAGAAGGAGGAGGCUGAGUGGAGGAUCUCCAACCUGGAGGCCAGGGAAGAAGAGCUGCAGCAGCUCAUCCAGCAAGUCUCUGACGAUUUCCAGAAGGCUCAGAGCGACGCGAACUCUCUACAGAAGUCCAUGGAGUCUCUUCAGGCUGAACACGACGACCUGAAACUGCAGCACGAACAGCACAAGGGCAAGGCUGCUGUGACUGAGGAGGAGCGGGAGCGGCUGCUGGCUGACCUUCAGGAGAAAGCUCUGUCUCUGGAGCGCAGGCUGGAGGCCAACCUGUCUCAGGAUGAACAUUUCCAGGAACUGCUCAAAGAGAAAUCGUUAUUGGUGCACAGGUUAAACGAGACCAGAGGAGAGCUUCUGGAGGAACGGACCAAACACACAACAUCAGUGAGCACUCUGGAGGCACAGAUUUCUAGGUUGAACACAAACGUCUCUGAGCUCCAGACACUCCUGAGACAUAAAGACGACUCGUCCAGGUCCUACAAGGAGAGGACAGACACACAGAUAGCUGAUCUGGAGCAGAAGCUGAGCCACACAGCAGAGAGGUCGAGGAGUUUGGAGCAGCAGCUGGAGGAGAAAGAGGCCCACAGAGAAAAAGUGCUGGCGGAGUGGGCGGAGGAACGGGAGCGGUUGCAGCAGCAGGUGUCCAUGCAGAGGCAGAGAGGACUGGAGAAAACCGCCAAGCUGGACGAGGAGAUCCUGGUGCUGCAGAGAGAGAGGGAGGCGGAGAUCAGCUUGCAUCGGGAAAACGUGAGGUUACUAGAGGAGCAGAAGGCUGCCCUGAUGAAGGACAGAGCUGAGCUGGAGAACAGUGUGGAGAAGCUCAAUAUAGAACUUGAGAACUCCAAAGCGGAGUUGAACAGCAGACAGACGGUCAGCGUGGAGAUCGCUAAAGCUCUGGAGGAAACCCGGAAGCAGAGAGAGGAGCUCCAGCAGCAGGUCAGCAAGAUGUCCGAGUCUGUGCUGAGGGCGGAGCAGGAGGCGUGUCAGCUUUCUGAGCAGGUGGGCGUGAAGGAGGCGGAGUUAAGCCGUCUGAGGGAAGAACUGGAGACGGUGCGGUGCAGUCUGUCGUCGCUGCAGGUGGAGUGUGAGGCUCUGCGUAGGGAGUCCGAGAAAAAAGACGAUCAGAUAGAAAGUUUGCACCAAGAGAUUCUCACACACACUCAACAAGCUGAAGCAAAUCAAGCUCAGGAGUGUGAGGCGCAGGGCGAUGUAGAAAGCGGUACCACGGCGCAGCCGCAGGACGAGGUGUGUGUGAGCGAACAGAACGGCAGCGUCACAGUGGGCGACGUGGACGAGCUGCAGAAGGAGAACAAAGAGUUGGAGCAGCAGCUCAGUGAGAAAAACAAGAUGAUUAAACAGCUGCAGCAGAGACUGACCGAGCUGAAGAGGACGCUACAGAAAGAGCUGAAGCUGAAGCCGGAUGCUGACUCUGACAGUAAGGAGAAGCUCCAGGAACUGAAGCCCAGCUCAGAGGCUCUGCUCCUGGCCGCGGCUCCUACUCCACCCCCCGGCUCCGGCUCGGGUCCAGGUCCAGGCCCGGGCUUCGCCGCAGUGACGUCCCAGACGAAGGUGACGAACAGCUCGGACCUGACUGACACACGGGAGAUCAACUUCGAGUACCUCAAACACGUCGUGCUCAAAUUUAUGUCCUCCAGAGAGGCAGAGGCGUUUCAGCUGAUCAGAGCCGUCUCAGUGCUGCUGCAUUUCACACGUGAAGAAGAAGACAUGCUCAAACAGACGCUCGAGUACAAGAUGUCGUGGUUCGGCUCCAAGCCCACCCCCAAAGGCAUCGUCCGGCCCUCCAUCUCAGGAACCACAAGCAGCUGGAUGUGAGAGCGUGAGCGAGAAACCGAGCGAGAGAGAGAGAGCGAGGUGGAAAAAAACGAACAUUUUAAAUAGCUGCGGAAGUUCACGCAGUGGAUGGAAGUUCCGCACGAUAGCCUCGGAUUGUUCCUUCUCUCUUCUGGGGUUCUUCAAAGCUUCUACUCGACCAUCUUUCCAGUCUUUGGAGUGAGUGAAGACACUACGCCGGGCUCUCGGGGGAAUUUUCCUUUGAAGAGCACCACGUGAACUUUUUUCUUUUCUUUGGCGUUUUUCGACGGGGAGGGUGGAGUUUUUCAGGGGAUGGACUUUAUAAUGAAGAGCAGCAUGCAUGGAUCCCGACAUCGAACCAUGAUGAAGCAUCUUCCCUUUACCUGCCCGGCGAACGUGUAAAUAACGACGAAGCACAUUCCGUACGUCUAUUUAUAUACCUGUACAUAGCGAAUGUUUAGAAAAUCAUCGGAUGUACAAUUUCUUUUUCUUUCUUUCUUCUCCUUCCCGCACCAACGUACGUCACGGUAACGAUCUGCGGCGUCGAGAGCAUUACCGCGAGAGGAGCGCGCAUGCCUUCUAUUAAAUAUUCAGAUGAUAUUUAUAAUAUAUAAAAAUCGGUGCUAUUUUAUUCAGCACGUCGGUGGGAUACAGUUUUAGGGAUGCAGCAAUGAAAUUUUUUUCUUCCCUGAUUGUGAUUAUUUUUACGCAUUUAUUCCUUUUCUUUUUUUUUUUUUUAAAUCUGAUCUUAUGAAACACGUCACUUCAAAGCUUCGGAAUUCAACGCUUUGCUCUGGGUUUUUUGUUUUUGUUUUUUCCAUAAAAAAAUUUAAAUGAUUUGAUCUUCAAACUUCAAGUUAUUUAUGGUUUGUUUGUUUUUGUUUUUUUAACGAAUCACUGUGAUUCUUUUUCGGAUGUUUUGAUUACAUUUGUGGUAUUUAAAAUACUCCAUAUUGAAAUCCCGUGAGUUCAGAUUUUUUUUUUUAAGUAAUCGAAACUUUACUGUCACUAAUAAUUAAUCAUAUGAAUUAUAAUAACUACUAAUUAAUAAUACAUUAUGCAAAUGUCCAACUAAACAUAUUUAAGUUUUGUUUUUGUUUUGUCUUUUCAGAAAAAAAUUUAACGUAAUUCAAUAAUUAAUAAAACGAGUCACAAGUUGCGUCUUGAGGAUUUUGUUAAAAGGCUCUGAAGACGCAGACACGUGACCUCGACAGGGGGCGGUGGUCUGUAAUGAAGCUUUGCAGUUUGUGUGAAAUCCCUCGUGUGAAACUUCAAAGAAACAUUUGAAGCACAAAUUAAAGGGGAAAAAGAUUUGAAAA